CGUGCGCCGCGCGCCCCCUGGUGGCGCGGCGUGAGGGGCCGGGGCCGCCAUGGUGGCGCGGGCGCUGUGGGCGCUGCUGGCGGCGCUGCGGGCGGGCUGGUGCCUCCUGCCGCAGAGCGGGUACCUGCACCCCGACGAGUUCUUCCAGGCACCCGAGGUCAUGGCAGGAGAUAUUUUAAAUCUACAGGUCUAUUAUCCAUGGGAGUUCCUUUCCAACUCUCCUUGCAGAACAGUUGUUUUCCCAUUAAUGACAUCAGGAGUUACAUACUGGGUGAUCAAGUCUUUGCAGCAGUUGGACAUAUGUUCAAGUUGCAUCAACAGCUACACUCUCCUUGUAUCUCCUCGCCUGCUCUUUACAAUCUUUUCUUUCAUACUCGACUAUAGCGUUUAUCGAUUGGCCCCUUUCUGGGGAGCAGAUCCGUGGAAAGCGCUGGUACUUCUUGCUGGAUCCUAUGUCACGCUGGUGUUUUAUACAAGAACGUUUACAAACACGCUCGAAGGACUUCUCUUUGCUCUUCUCAUGGUACUGGUUUCUUCAAGGAAGUCCAGUGGCUCAGCAGAGCCUACAAGCAGCUCUCUCAUAGGUGUCUUAACAACUGCUGGGUUUUUCAACAGGCCAACCUUUCUGGCAUUUGCUCUAAUGCCCCUGCUUUAUUGGGCUGGUUUAAUUGUUGACUCUCAAAAGAGCAUUAAAACUCUCAUAAACAACUUCUUGAAGUUUAUCCUAUGUGCAUGUUUUACCGCUUUUGUCUUCAUAACUGCUGACACCUUCUAUUUUACCUCCGUGAGCUUAGACAACCUCUACAGCACUAACAAGAGCAGCCUGCUUGAUGUAAUCGUUCAAUUACAUGACAAAAUGAUAGUAACCCCCUUCAAUUUUCUCAGCUAUAAUCUUAAUCCUCAUAAUCUUGCACUGCAUGGAAGUCACCCACGAGUUACACAUUUUACAGUCAAUGGAGUAAUGCUGUUUGGUAUCUUACAUAUUCUGGCCGUCAGUGCUGGCUUUAAAAUGCUAAAGAAAUAUGUCCAUCAGUUAAUGCUGGUCAGAUGGUGUUGCCGUGGGCUGCCUGGGCUCUUGGUGCAUUCUGAGGGCAGUCCAACGUUGCUGCUGUUUUAUUUUGUUCCUUUGGCAUUUCUCUCCCUGUUCAGCCACCAGGAGCCUCGGUUUCUCAUCCCUCUCAUCCUGCCGUUGGUCCUGUUCAGCGCGUCACCGAACAGAGCUGUGAAAUGGAAGCCCCUCAUUGUUCUGUUCAACCUUCUGGGGGCACUUCUCUUCGGGUGCUUACACCAGGGAGGGCUCAUUCCCUGUUUGUUUCACUUGGAGCAGCUCAUCCAUUCUCCAGCGUCCUCAAGCCAUCCACGGCACUACACUCUGCUCUUUGCACACACCUACAUGCCUCCAAGGUCUCUGCUCAAUAUCAAGAAGACAGAUGUGCAUGUGGAAGUCAUUGACAUGGCUGGGGCUGGAGAAGAAACCCUCUGCCAGACAGUAGAGGAGCGAGCAAGCAAUUUUACCUGCAGCGACUGUCACAUCUUUAUUAUAAUCCCUGGUACUGUCAGAACCACAAUUACAAAAUGUGGUGUCUCAUUCAAGAACGAGACUUUGAUAUUUCCUCACUUAUCAAUGGAAGACCCACCACAAAUACCUGUCCUAUCCAGUGGAAAUUGGAGGAGUCAGUUAGGACUUUACAUCCUUGAGCUAAACAGAUUAUCAGAGCCUUUAGAUUUUAGGAGAACAAAGUUCUAGUCUUUUACUUACUUUGGGAGCUGUCUGAUGGUGGUGUGAGACCUUCCUCUUUCAUACCCCGCCCUUUCAGCAUCAGCAGUGGCACUGGGAGCUUUCCCACAUCUCUUUAUUCACAUUCCUCACACUGUUAGGGUAGCCAGUUCUGGACAGAACCUGCUUAAGAUUUGACUUACUCAGCCCUAUGGUAUUUUAUAUGAACUUUUGUACUUCUCCUGAUGAGAGAGGAUGAAACCAGAGCCCACCAAAACUGUGAUUGAAACUUAGCUGUUUCCAUGUGAGAUUUAUUUUUGAAAGCUCUAAUAAUCUGACAGGGUUUGGGGACUGUAGGGUGUUUACUGAUAAUAGGCAUUAAGUCAGCUGCUGGAGAGAGGUUACAGGGUUAGACAAAAGCUGGUCUGACUCAGUAAUCUUUUAUGUUAUGUUCUUAAAAAUUCAUUAGACCAGACUGCAGUCAUUACUGCUUUGGGUGGGUCCGUCUUGAAAAAUCCCCAGCACUGAUCUGGCAGAAUCUGAUUUAGAACGUGGAGGAUGCUUCAGCCUAAGUGCUUGUGCUAAAUCCUAAAAUCCAAGCUUUGCUUGUUUAGCCUUCCUUGCCACAGUUCCAUCCUCGUGAACGUGCUACCCACGUACCGCCCGGGGCAGCUCGGGAGGGCAGCACCGUGAUGGCAUUAAGCGUGCGCGGUGUUCCGCGGCUGCAGCUCGGGCACUCCUUCCCUGGCGCGCUCCCGCCGCUCGUCUCGCAGCUGUCGCGGCUCUUGUCACGAUUGUCACCCCGGCAGAGCGCGCGGGAGGUCCUGCGGGAGCUGGAUCGAGGAGCUGCGCAGACAGAAAGCGGGUAACUGGGAGGGAUUUGAUCCUUCGUGCCACUGGGCCAGAUGUAUCUCUGGAGGGGCUCAGCACAGGUCAGAGAUGCCCCGGUCCUGCUGCCGUGCAGGGAGGGCAGCCUCGCGGGAGGAGCCGCAUCCCUUGCGCCCCCUCCCCGUGCACUAAGUGCUCCCCGUUAAAUCAGCUCAGUGGGAAGGACAGCUCCUAUCCUGGCUUUCCACUGGAGAGCAGUCUCCUUUUGAACUGGACACCAACAACUGGGCUUCAGCUGACAAUGAUGUAUAUGCUCAAUAGCACAGCAUGAAUUACAAUAUUUGGUUUUGUCUACGUGAACUUCUGGAUCCAAAACAACCUGACUUGGCACAUGCAUUGGAGAUCAAGCCUCUCUCUCUGAAACAAAUCUGACACUUGAAUUAUUUCUGCUCACAAAGGUGGUAAUGCUUUUGGCAGUUCUUCACCCACACAACCUUAUGUAAGGUCUUAAGAGCCAGGCUUUCUACAGAGACAAGAAUAAUACAGGUUGAUGCCAGGCUCUAAGGAGAAUCUAGGAAAAAAGAAUGUAUGAAUGAUUUGCCUGUAUUUUCCAACCUAUAGGUAUGACCUAGAUGUUAGGGAACAUAGCUCUCGCUCUCUUGUAAAGCAUUUUGUCUUUUGUUGCCUAUAUGUUCAUCCCACAUCCUUCACUCUUCACUGCUGGCCUGCCUGUAAAUUAAAGGCUUGUGUUUGGGGGGAGGCAGGGGGAGAGAAGGUGCCUGUUUUUGUACUGGUGACUCACAAAGUAGUGUGAGUAGUUGGGAAAGCAUUGUGACAGCAACUGUAUUUUCCAAGUUAAUUUUCUUUUUGCUGUCUUACACUGGGUGAUACAACCAUGUGCCACAGCUGGUACUCCAUGUCCUGCUUCCCAUUUUCAGCUUUCUUAAACAACUUAAAUCUUGAACAUUAUUUUCAUGAAACUUACGAAUUCUGGCAGUCUGAGUGGGGUACAUCUUGAAACUCUUGGGGGAUGUAAUGGAGCACCAUUCCCAUAGGAUGAUGACUUCUCUACCACUGCACAGGUAACCUGCAGAAAGCCAGCAA